AUGGUGAAAAAUGAGUGGAGAAACUUGGGAGAUGCUCAAUUCAUGUGGAAGCUGAAGGCGUUAACGGGUCCUUUGCGGCAGUGGCACAAUAAUACUUUUAGGGACAUGGAUAAGAGACUGGGGAUGUUUGAGGAGGAGAUCGCAAGGCUGGACAACUUAGUGAGUAAUGGGAUAUACGAUGGUACAACAGAGGCUAGAGGUAAGGCGCUGGUGUGCUUCUGUGAAAAAUGGUACGCCAGGAAGGAAAUGCACUGGAAGCAGAUGUCCCGAUCUCAGCAUGCGGCAGACAUGGACAAGAAUACCAGGUACUUCCAUACCAUUGCCUCAGCUAGAAGAAGGUCUAAUAGGAUUGAAGCUCUGAUGAUAAAUGGUCGACUUGUGAGGAAUCAGGCAAGAAUUAAAGGGGCCAUUAGGGGGUUCUACAAGGAGCUCUAUAGGCAGGAAUAUGCGCCGAGGAUUGGCUUCAAGGAUGGGUUGGUGAAACAGAUUAGUGGAGAGGAGGCUGUGGCAUUGGAGGUCAUGCCAUCAGAGGAGGAAAUCAAGGAGGCAGUGUGGGACUGCGAAUCGUCUAAGGCCCCAGGGAGUGAUGGGUAUAAUAUGAACUUCAUAAAGAAGUGCUGGGAUGACAUUGGUCCGGAUUUCAUUGCAGCUGUACUGGGUUUUUUCCGAAGUGCACAGUUACCUACAGAGGCAAAUGUUACCUGGGUGACAUUAGCCCCAAAGGUUGAAGGUGCAAAGGAGGUGAAGGACUUUCGGCCGAUUAGUAUGGUGGGCUGUCUGUAUAAAGUGAUCUCGAAGGUGUUGGUAAGGAGGAUGAGGCCUGUGAUGCUGGGGUUGGUUGGAGAGACUCAGACUGCAUUUGUAAAAGGUAGGAAAAUUCAUGAUGGAGCACUCAUUGCCUGUGAGACAGUCCAUUGGCUGAAGGCGCGUAAAAAGGAAGCGGUUAUCAUCAAGCUGGAUUUUCAAAAAGCCUAUGAUAGGGUACGAUGGAGCUUUGUGGAUAUUGUGCUACAGAAGAUGGAGACGGAAACAAUUGUGAACUAUAAGCGGCUGUUGAGGUGUUUUGAGUUGAUGUCUGGGCUGAGCAUUAAUUUUGAGAAGUCGAAUCUGAUCCCAGUGAACUGUGAGCAAGAGUGGAUAGAGCGUGCAUGUGACUUACUGGGGUGUCAAAAGAAAGAGUUGCCUGUGCGAUACCUUGGGAUCUCCUUGGGGGCGAAUCCACAGUUGGUAAAGACGUGGAAACCUAUCAUUGAUAAGGUGGAACAGAAGCUCAGCUUAUGGAAAGCGAAGGUGUUGAAUAAAGCAGGUAAGCUUGUUCUUAUCAAAUCAGUCCUAAAUAGCUUGCCCAUUUAUUACCUUAGCUUGUAUAAGAUGCCACGGGCGGUGGCGUCCAAGCUGAUUGCUUUACAAAGGCACUUUAUGUGGUGUAAGGAGGACGGUACCUAUGGAAUCCCGUUGGUCAAAUGGGAGUUGGUACAGGCUCCGAAAAAGGCUGGAGGCUUGGGGGUGGGGGAUGUGGCGCUUAGGAACACAGCACUAUUUUUUAAAUGGUGGUGGAGGUUUUCAAAGGAAGAAUUCCCGUUGUGGAAAAAGAUUGUCUGUUCCUGCAACAAAUUGUCCCCUAAUUUAAUGCUAGCAAAGCAGUCGUUACCGGUCAAAGGAGGGCCUUGGAAGGACAUAUGCCAGCUAAAUAUCAAAGAGCAAAGGGUGCGGGAUAAAAUAGUGAAUGGUUUGGCAAUGGAAGUCGAUAAUGGUAGGAAAACCCGGUUUUGGGAAGCUAAUUGGGUUCAGGGUGGUCCGCUAAGAGUAAAUUUCCCAAGACUCUUCUCUGUGUCAAGCCAACAAAAUUUUGUGAUUGGGGAUUGUGGUUUUUGGGAUGGGUUAGAGUGGAUAUGA